AUGGACUCGAGUGCAUCCUUUAAAAAACUUCCUUACCUCGAUGUAAAACAAAACGAAAAUUCUUCUCAACAACAAAAUGAGGAGGACAGUGAUGACUCACCUCUCGAAUUGGGUAUUAUUAAUCCUAAGGAAAGACCUCAAUCACGAGUUUCAGAAGCUUCGGAAGGUAGAAUGGAAGCCCAAUCUCCAAUCGAUCCUUCAACACCACAGGAUAGAGUUGGAACCUCUUCAUCGAGGAGAAGAGUAAGCAGUAGAAGAUCUCGCCCAAAGUCAAGUCAGAGGCCAACCUCUUCAGAGGAUGAUCAUGGUGGCACUAAAACUCCCAUUAAAUCAAUUUCAGCAACUCCUGACCACGGAAGUGCCUUUGAUGACUUAAAAAUUCAAUCAAUCAUUAGAGAACAACAAAUAGAAAGGGAAAGAAUUGCAAGAAAUAAGAAAGAGGAAGAAUUAUUAACUAACAAUAGAGAUUUAUCUGAAAAACUCAGAAGGCAUGAAGUGGAAGUGGAAUUAAUGAAAGGUCAACUCAAAAGAAGAAAUGAACUUCUCGAUCAUCAAAGAGAAGCAUUUUUCAAAGAAUUAAUACUACUGAGAGAGGAAUUAUUUAAGAAAGGAGCUUCAAUAGCUUAUCAACCAACGGAUUAUUCUUUAUUUAAUUGGUCUAAAAAGAAUAGAUAUGAGGAUGAAAUGGCCAAUGAUACCUAUCAAUCUGAUGAUAUUCUCGAUUCUGAAAAUAACACCACAACAAUUGAUACAGCUUCAUAUUUUGCUUUGAAAGAGCAAUCAAAAAAGGUACAGGAGACACUCGCCAAUCUCAAAAAUUUGGAACUGAAAAGAAAAUCAGAACUUGAUAGACUGCAGAAGGAGAGAGAAGAUGCUGAAAAACUAAAGAAAAAGCUUAUUAGAAAGGCUGAAAAACUAAAAAAACAAGCCACUCUAAAAACUAUUCCAAUAGUGGACGGGUCAUCGCCCACUAUGUUGGACGAGCUGGAGGAGGAUUUUGAACCCAAACCUGCCAUUGAGGAAAAAAAGGAUGAUGAUCUGGUGCUUCUCAUUCCAGAAGAACCCUCAAAAGAAGAAAAACAUGAAGACAAAAAACCAGAAUUGGUAGUAGAACGAGCAUCUCCUGUUAAACCAACUCCAGAGAUCCUUGUUUUGAGUGACAGCGAAGAGGAAAUUACAACUGAUAAGGAAUUGGUUGUUAUGGAAGAAAUACCUCAAAAGCCUACGAGUAGAAGACAAACUCCACAACCAUUGUCAAAAACUAAUUCAAAAAUUGAAUUACUCCCACCACCUGUUGAGAAAAAACCAUCUCAACAACAGUUUGUACCAAUACCCAUUCAAGAAAUCAAAUUACCACCUCCAAAACCUAGAAAUGAGGAAGCAAUUAUGAGAAAAUCUCAAAUAAUACCCCUCAUUCUUAGUAGCCAAGAACAAAAGAAAGAAAAAGACCAAAAACAAUUGAAAGAGGUCUCUCUUGAAGCAAAUGAUUUGGCUAACCAAUUAUCGGAUUACAAAACACAAAUGGAUAUUUUGAAAAGAAGACUGCAGUUUUAUAAGGAAGACAAGAAAGACGAAAAUGUUCCUAAAGAAGGUCCAAGAGGAGAGGUGGCUCUUGUUUUUACAGACGUUCAAGAUUCUACAAGAUUAUGGGAACUUGAUCCUUUAACAAUGGAAAAGUCACUAAAACUUCACAAUUCAAUAAUAAGAAGUAUUUUAGCAGAAACUGAUGGGUUCGAAGUAAAAACAGAAGGUGAUGCAUUUAUGUGUGCUUUUCAUCGUGUUGAAGAUGCUGUUGAGUUUGCGAUCAAGACUCAAAUUUCUUUGGUGUAUGGUGAUUGGCCAAAUGAAUUGAUGAGUCUGAAACCUGGUAGAAUUGAAUACGACACAGAAGAUGCAAAUGCUAUGAUAUUUAGAGGACUGCGAGUGAGAAUGGGUAUCCAUGUAGGUAAACCAAUUGUUGAAAAGGAUCCAGUUACAGGAAGAUAUGACUAUUUCGGACCAGUGGUGAAUAGGUCAGCCAGAGUUGAAGGUCAGGCUGCAGGUGGUCAAAUAGUCAUUUCAAACUCUGUGUGGGAUGCCAUCAAAGACAAACUUGAUACAUUUUCUGAAAAGGUUUGGUGCAAGUAUAUGGGUCCUGUUGUUCUAAAGGGCAUGGAUGAUCCAGAGGUAAUAAGAACCAUUUUACCAUAUCAAUUGAGGAAUAGAGUAUUCCCAGAACCAACUAUGGUAGUGGACCCUACAACGGGAAUUAAGCAAAUACAAGAAAAGGAUAGAGAUAGUUCUAGCACCAUGUUCCAGUCACAACUUAAAGACAUUAGUCAGAAGAGAAGUCAAAUUAAACGGAGCAAGGAAAAGAUCAAAGCACAGAUUGAAUUUAAACUUAAAAUGGAUGCUUUGGAGAAUACUUUGAAAGAAAAGGAUCAGAUUAUCGAGUUCUUAAAGCUUAGUCUUGAAAAUUCUCCCCUUGAUGAAGCUGAUGAGGAAGAGAUUAAAAAUGUUUUCAAGAGGUAUGAGGAACUGAAAAAUGAGCAUGUGGAUCUAAUGGGCUCUUUCAAUAAGGUUUACCAGUCCUUUCAAGAAGAUGAAUAUAGUUUCGAUGACGCCGAAGAAGUUUUUGGAGAGAAUGAAGAAUUAUUGAGAGCAUCCCACGAUGGUGAAGAUAUUUUUGAGAGAGAACGUAACAAGUACGAGAAUCAACUUGAAUAUAUGGAAAAGCUUAUCAAGUCAAAGGACAAGAGAAUUAGAGAUUUGAGAGCUAACUUUAAUGCUGCAAAAAGAAUAUUUGACGGUAAUAGAAGACACAAAUCUCCAUUGAAAAAGAGAUAUGAGGACUUGAAAUAUCUUUCAAAGAACAGGAUUGAAAAAUCAAAAAAGAGAAAUGAUAAAUCAAAUGUGGAAGAGCUUGAUGGUCAUGAAGCCAUAAAGGCAAUUGUUAAAAACAAGAAAUCUCCUCAAAAGAAGGUUGAAGUAGAUAUUCCAAAAGUGAAACCAGAUCUUACUGCUAAUAAGAUGAAAACGCUCAUCAAAGCCAAACUCACAUCUCCUGCCAAUGUCUCUGAAACAAUGUCUUCAGUAAGAAGCUACAACAGCAGAAUAGAACCUAGCAUUAAGCCAAUAGUAUCCUCAGCCUCUCUUCCUAAUAGAAAAUACUUACCGUAUGAAACAGUUAGACAUGACGCUUACAGGUCUAUGGACCCUAUGAAUUCAAGCCCUGUUCCAUCGUCAAUUGCUGAAAUUACAUCCAUUCUUAGAGAUGCCAUCCAGGAAGCUAUUGGAAUGUCAAACGAAUCAAAGAAUUUGAAUUGGGAAACUUUUUUGGAUGAUGCUAGUCAAAAUGUUGUCGAAGAUAUUCCUUCUGUUCCCUAUAAGGAAAAUUCUAAAGAUCCAAAGAAAACUAUUAUUAUUCUCGACGAAAAAACUGGACAAUAUGUACAGAUAUCAAAAGAAUCCCUAAAGAAAUGGGGCGUAAUUAAUGCAGCAAAAUUUAUUGCCGAGCAACAAUAUAAUUCAACAAUUGGAAAGAAUGUGAAAGUAAAUCAGAGAGAAGUUGUUCUGGAUAAAUCGAGAACAACCAAAGAAAAACAUCCAAAGAAAUCCUAUUCAAGACUUCUUGAAAGUUUUUCCAAACAAACACACGUUCCUGUGCAUGGAACUCUGGUGAAUGUUAACAUUAUUCAUCAGUGGCAACCACUUGGAAGCCCUUUUAGAAAAUUGAGAGUUAACCCUACAGAAGAACGAGAAAAAUUGGUGCAUGAGGUAAAGUCAAUGCCCGCCCCAAUUACAGGUCGUUUAAAUCCUGGAAACACAUUGCACGAGUCACACGAUGGUAGUACCUAUUCUCUGAAUAGUACAAAUAAUUACAUGUACAGAUCAAUUCAAUAA